AUGGAUUCAUAUAUGCUGAAAAGCUUAAAAGCUGCUGCUGAAGCUCAGGGUAAGCCAGAAUGGGGAAGCACAGGCCCUACCGAUGCUGGCAACUAUAACAACUGGCCAGAAGACACACAAUUUUUCCGCAAAGAAGGUGGAGGCUGGGAUGGUCCAUAUGGUGAGUUUUUCCUCACAUGGUACUCUCAGAUGCUGCUGGACCAUGGUGAUAGGAUUCUAACAUCAGCCAAGUCAAUCUUUGACAACACUGGAGUUAAGAUCUCAGUGAAAAUUGCUGGCAUUCACUGGCACUACGGUUCAAGGUCUCAUGCUCCAGAACUCACAGCAGGGUAUUACAACACCCGUUUCCGUGAUGGCUACCUCCCCAUUGCUCAGAUGUUGGCACGCCAUGGUGCCAUUUUCAACUUCACCUGUAUCGAGAUGCGCGAUCACGAGCAGCCACAGAAUGCCCUCUGUGCUCCUGAGAAGCUGGUGAAGCAAGUGGCUCUGGCAACACAGAAGGCUCAGGUGGCACUUGCUGGGGAAAAUGCACUGCCACGCUAUGAUGAAUACGCUCACGAACAGAUCAUAAGGGCAUCAGAGUUGAAUGUGGACGGUGAGUCUGGUGACAGAGAGAUGUGUGCAUUCACAUACCUGAGGAUGAACCCUCAUCUGUUUGAAGCAGAUAACUGGAGGAAGUUUGUGGCGUUUGUGAAGAAGAUGAAAGAAGGGAAAAGAGCAAAGAAAUGUUGGGAAGAGAUGGAAAGGGAGGCAGAGCAUUUUGUGCAUAUUACACAGCCUCUUGUGCAAGAGGCUGCAGUGCUCAUGCACUGA